ACCUUCAGUGACAAAGCGAGUGGUUCUUCACGACAAAAUGAGGCAGGAGCGCCGAUCUUCGCCAGGCUGGAGUUUUUCUUUCUCCUCUUCCUCCUCCGGCCAUCUGUUUCUCUUUUCCCUCGAUUCGCCACCAGAUCCGCGCGCUGUUAGACAAUCUCUGAAACCAGUAGUGCUUCUCCAGGGGUUCGGCGUGUUGGGUCGGCGAAAUGGACGCGCUGAGGAGGCAGGCGAGCAAGCUGCGGGAGCAGGUCUCCAAGCAGCAACAGGCAGUGAUAAAACAGUUUAGUACGAGUGGUUAUGGGAGCUCCGAUGUGAUGGUCAUAGAUGAAAUUGAACUGCAGAGACAUCAACAACUAGAAAAGUUAUACAAGUCUACUCGUGAAACUAGGGAUUUUCAGAAAGAUACUGUCAAAGCAGCUGAAGCAUAUGUAACCAUAGGGCAUAGACACAUUGAAAUAGGUUUAAAGUUAUCAGAAGAUUGCUACAGAUAUGGAGGUGAAAAUCAUGCUACUGAUGCAAUUCUAGCCAAGGCAGCUGCUUUGUAUGGUGGUGCGAUAAGAAAUGUAGAGAAAGAGCUUGAAGAUUUCAGUUCCUUUCUGACUUCACAGGUUAACAUCGCUAUUUGUUUGGAUCUUUUUCGCGUGAAUAGAGAAUUUGGUUUGUUCCAAUUAUCUAUCCAUUAAGUUUUUUUGUCUGCCAUAUUUUUUGGCUAUCAAGUAUACAAUUUAUUGUAAUGCUGUGAGGCUGACUACCAAGAAAUA